AUCUCCACAGAACCGAGGAGCGCAGAGGAAGAAGAGCAGCAGCGGCUGAGACGAUGGCCGGACGCAAUCAAUGGACCCGAGCUGGACUUAAAACAUAAUUUCACGCGCACUGAGCCAUCACCAGUGCCAGAGGGUGGAGCUAACUGGCAGCCAUGAUGGAGGACACUGAGCUGGAUCUUUCCCCCGCCCACUCGGAUCAGAACAGCCCCUCGCCCUCCAUCUCCAUCUCCUCCUCGCCCUCGCUGUCUCUUCCCUCCACGCCGUCCUCUUCCUGCGGCCCCCCACAGGCCACUACCCCUCCCCUGGGCGUGAUCAAUGAGGGAGUGGCUGAACUCAGCCUGGUGAUUGAUGCCGAGGUAGCCCAGCGGGCGUGUCAGGAAGUGCUGCAGAAGGUGAAGCUGCGUCAGGUGGAUUCCGACAGCACCUUACCGCAGAGCGAGGCGGGACCAGAUGCGCCGCCAUCCGACCCAGAGGGCCCGGCGCCGGGCUCGGUGAAGAGCGCGCGGCGGCGGCAGAGACACAACCCCUCCAAACAGUCGUGGCUGCUGCGCCUGUUCGAGUCCAAGCUGUUCGACGUCUCCAUGGCGAUCUCCUACCUGCACAACUCUAAGGAGCCUGGCGUGCAGGCCUACAUCGGUAACCGCCUGUUCAGCUUCCCGCACGAGGAGGUCGACUUCUACCUGCCGCAGCUGCUCAACAUGUACAUCCACAUGGACGAGGACGUCGGCGACGCCAUCAAACCCUAUGUGGUGCAUCGCUGCAGGCAGAGCAUCUCCUUCAGCCUGCAGUGCGCCUGGUUGCUCGGCGCCUACUCGUCCGACAUGCACAUUUCCACGCAGCGCCACUCCCGGGGAACCAAGCUGAGGAAGCUCAUCCUGUCUGACGAACUGAAGCCCGCCGGGCCGCGGGUCCGCAGGGACCCCCUCGCCCUGACGCCGUUUUGUCCCGCAGCGCCCCCCACCAUCAGCCCCGGGCCCCUGGGAGGAGAUCACAGCCUAUCGCCAACAAAGAGGACGCAUCAGCGCUCCAAGUCGGACGCCACGGUCAGCAUCAGCCUGAGCAGCAACCUGAAGAGGACGGCGAGCAAUCCGAAGGUGGAAACCAGCCAGGACGAGCCGGUGCGCCUGGCCCCUCAGAGGGAGUUCAUCAAGUCUCUGAUGGGCAUCGGGAAGCGUCUCGCCACGCUGCCCACCAAAGAGCAGAAGACGCAGCGUUUGAUCUCCGAGCUGUCGCUGCUCAACCACAAGCUGCCGGCCCGCGUAUGGCUGCCGACCUCCGCCUUCGACCACCACGUGGUGCGAGUGCCGCACACUCAGGCCGUGGUGCUCAACUCUAAAGACAAGGCGCCGUACCUGAUCUAUGUGGAGGUUCUGGAGUGUGAGAACUUUGAGACGUCCAGCGUUCCCAUUCGGAUCCCAGAGAACCGGAUCAGGAGCACGCGCUCCGUGGAGAACCUGCCAGACUGCGGCAUGACGCCGGAACAGCGAGCCGGCAGCUUCUCGGUCGUUCCGAACUACGACAACGACGACGAGGCGUGGUCCGUGGACGACAUCGGAGAGCUGCAGGUGGAGCUCCCGGAGACUCACACCAACAGCUGUGACAACAUCAGCCAGUUCUCGGUGGACAGCAUCACCAGCCUGGAGAGCAAAGAGCCCGUGUUCAUCGCCGCCGGAGACAUCAGGCGGCGUCUCUCAGAGCAGCUCGCCCAGGCCCCCACCACCUUCAAACGGGACCCCGAGGACCCGUCGGCGGUGGCGUUGAAGGAGCCGUGGGAGGAGAAAGUCAGGAGGAUCAGGGAGGGCUCUCCGUACGGACACCUGCCCACCUGGAGGCUCCUGUCUGUCAUUGUAAAGUGUGGAGACGACCUGCGGCAGGAGCUGCUCGCCUUCCAGGUGCUGCGGCAGCUGCAGUCGAUCUGGGAGCAGGAGCGCGUGCCGCUGUGGAUCAAGCCGUACAAGAUCCUGGUGCUGUCGGCGGACAGCGGCAUGAUCGAGCCCGUGGUGAACGCCGUGUCGCUGCACCAGGUGAAGAAGCAGAGUCAGCUGUCGCUGCUCGACUACUUCCUGCAGGAGCACGGCACGCCCACCACCGAGGCCUUUCUCACGGCGCAGAGGAACUUCGUGCAGAGCUGCGCCGGCUACAGCCUCAUCUGCUACCUGCUGCAGGUCAAAGACAGGCACAACGGGAACAUCCUGCUGGAUGCCGAAGGCCACAUCAUCCACAUCGACUUCGGCUUCAUCCUGUCCAGCUCGCCCAGAAACCUCGGCUUCGAGACGUCCGCCUUCAAGCUAACUGCGGAGUUUGUGGACGUGAUGGGCGGGCCUGACGGCGACAUGUUUAACUACUACAAGAUGCUGAUGCUCCAGGGGCUGAUCGCAGCCAGGAAGCACAUGGAGCGCGUGCUGCAGAUCGUGGAGAUCAUGCAGCAAGGUGAGUCGCCACAGCUCCUCCUGGUGGCAGUUCCCUGCCCCGCAGCACUAACUCCCCCCUCUGUGCCCCCAGGCUCCCAGCUGCCCUGCUUCCACGGCUCGAGCACCAUGCGCGGCCUGAAGGAGCGCUUCCACAUGAGCCUGACGGAGGAGCAGCUGCAGCUGCUCAUCGACCAGCUGGUGGACGGCUCCAUGAGGUCGCUCACCACCAAACUUUACGAUGGCUUCCAGUACCUCACCAACGGCAUCAUGUGACCGCUGCACAGACUGAGGAGCUCUUACGACUCCGCCCCCCUCCUUAAUUUUAUUCCAGUUUCUUUUUGUUGUCUCGUCUUCUCCAGGAGUUCAGCUUCCUCUUCGUCUCGUUAUGUUUCUCCUCUUCGUCCUCUUUGGUUUUCCUUUUUUUUUUUUCCAUAUGUGGACUGAUUGGUUGCUCCCCAGACUCUGAGCCAAUGAGAGAGCAGCCCACUUUUAGUUGUGAACUGUGAGCAGAGUGGCGCCGUUUCCUGUUUUACCUGUGAAGGAGUUCUUUGAGCCAAUUAAAACCAGUCGCUGUUCACCUUUAGCUCCGCCUCCUCUGAUCUGAUCACAUGGUUUCCUUUAGUUUAUUUCUGCACAGAGCGAGCUGACAUCAUCCCGUCACAUUUCCUCCUACAUCAGCUGCUACAGAGAGAGAUUUUCAGAUCAAAGCAGGAAGUUGUCUGGAUUUUAGAAAUAAAAGUUUCAGAUUUUCUUUGAA